UGGACUUUCGCAGCUUCCUCUAGGCUUUUUCCUUGGUGGGGGCCCAGCGGCAGAGAGCCCAGUAGCAGGACCAGACUGAAACUUGGGUGUUUUAGUGCGGAUGCGGUGCCUUGAAAAUGGGGUAGGGGCGAGUGUGGGCGUGGUGACGCACUACUUUAAUCCUAGCAGACGGGAAAAAAGAGGCAGGUAGAUCUCUGAGUUCGAGACCCUGGUCUUAUGGGACCCUGUCUCAAAAAAAAAGUGUGUGUAUAAGUGUGUGAUGUUUAUCAGUGAGGAGAGCUCUGGUGUUCUGCUGGCCGACGCAGGCUGGCGAUCUAAGACUUUUCUUUGGAACAGAGUAUGGCACUUUGGGGUUUUGAUUCACUGGUUAAUCUCCAAGCCUUUGAGUCUGUGUUUUACUUCCGGAUCCCGCACUUACGACACCGGAAGCCGGAAGUGGAGUUUUCCACUGCAGAGAAGGGAAGGGUGACCGCCUGACUAGGACUUUCUAGGAGCUCCGGUUCUGUCGGAGCGGUCGGAUCCCUCUGCUCCUGCCCUCUUCACUUCUGGCCGACUCUGCUGACAGGUGUGGUCCUCUUCUCCAAAGACAGGGCUCCAUCGGUGGCUGUUUCGUAGCUUCCGAGACUCCAGAGGUCCACACCCUUCCCCCCACCUUAGGCCCAGUUUGUUCUGCCGCAAGCUUCUAAUUAUUCGCUACCCAGAUUAUUUAGGCUAGUCGGAUUGAAUCUGCCCUUCCCUUCACUGCAGCUGUCGCCUAAGGGCUUGGCCCCUAGUGCUAGAACUCUUUAGGUAGCAGACAUUUUCUGUUGAUCAAACUGUUUCUGAAACACGUUUUGCACUGUAGGCCAGGUAGACCUCGAACUCAAAGUUCUGCCUCAGCCUUUCGAGUGCUAGAGCAACAGGUGUUCGCCAUCAGGCUAGGCUGUUUAUCAAACUUGAGUGCAUUUGAAGUCUUUAAAAAGUUUUCACGUGUACCUUCACAACUAAAGGUCUUACCUUCUGCACCUCAGUUUACUUUGCAAAUGAUUCAUAGUAAUCUGUUUGCCUGUCCUCAUAACAUUUAUCUGACCUGAGAAGGAAUGUGUUGUCUUGGCAUUUCCUAGGAAAAAGGAAGGACCAGAGAGGGCAAGGGAGAAUAGUUGGUGGAGAGGAAGGAAGGGAGUAUAGGUGGUAUAGGAUCUUGUAGGCUGUUGUAUGGACUUUGCUUUUUAACACUAGGAGAAAUGGAAACUCUGAAAGAGUUCAUGGUAGAGAAGAGAAGUAGUUUGAGUUAUUUUUGAGGUAAUUGGCCCCAGUGGGGCCAAUUAACUGCAAAGGGCCAUUGAAAAGGCAAAGCAUGGUGACCCGUAAAGAGAUUAUUGCAGUAAUGCAGGUGAAAGAUGAUAGCGCUGUCAGCCUUGAAUUACUGAAAAAAUUUAAAAUGUACAAAAGUAGAAAUAAUAAUAUAGUAAAUUCCAUGUACACAUUUCUUAGCUGUGACUAUCAGCUCAUAGUUAACUUUAAUCCACACCCCAUUACAAUCCUUUACCAUGAUUAUUUUCUUUUCUACAGAAGAUGUUAUUUUAUGUGUAUAGGUGCUUUGCUAUGCUUUCCUAGUGCCCAAGGGAGUCAGAAGAAGGUUUCAGAUCCCCUUGGAUUGGAGUUACAGAUGUUUGUGAGCCACAUCUGCAACAACAAGUGCUCUUAAUCCCUGAACCAUUAUCUCUCUUGCUCCACCCAUUGCGAUUUUCAAUAACAGCUUUCUUGAGACAUAAUUGGCAUGCUACAAAAAUUACUAUUUGUGUGUGUGCCCCCCACAUGCAUGCAUGAUGUAUGAUUUGUACAGGGAGCACAGGUGCCAUGGCUAGAAUGUGUAGAGCUCAGAGGACAACAUUGAGUCAGCUAUCUUCUUUCCACCUUUAUAUGUUCUCAUGUCUCCAGGCUUGCAUAGCAAGGGCCUUUAUCCACUGAGCUGUCUCCCUUGCCCAUACUUCAAUAUUUUUUUAAACAGUCUCUUCUAGAUCCCUUCCCUUUGAGUUUCUAAUCCCCUGGAGCUGGAGUUACAAAAGGUUGUGAGUUGCCCAACAUGGGUGCUGGGAACUGAACUUGGGCUCUCUGGAAGAGCACUGAGUGCUCCUAAUAGCUGAGACAUCUCUCCAACUUCUUUUAAGACUUCUAGACAUCCAAGUAGUUUUAUAAAUAUCUGGAAUUUAGGAAUGAGAACUGUUUGGGAUAUUAUCAACAUUAAGAUUUGGGUUAAAAGCCAUGAGACCGGAUGGAAUUACUGCAGGGGUGAAUGCAGUUAAGAAAGAAGUCCCAAAGUUCCUCAACGUGAAGAAGUGGGGACUCAGGAAAAGGGCCUGAGCAGCAUCAGCCUUUGAGGGAGUGAGUCACCAGCAGAGAAGGCUUUUCUGGAACCUGAAGGAAGAAAACACUGUCCUGUUGGAUGAACAAGCACCCCUGGAAGAACCAGCUGAGUGAGAUGGUGCAGCCCAGUGGUGGCCCAGCAGAGGACCAGGACAUGCUGGGUGAAGAAUCUUCUCUGGGGAAGCCUGCAAUGCUACAUCUGCCUUCAGAGCAGGGUACUCCUGAGACCCUCCAGCGCUGCCUGGAAGAGAAUCAAGAGCUCCGAGACGCUAUCCGGCAGAGCAAUCAGAUGCUGAGGGAACGCUGUGAGGAGCUGCUGCAUUUCCAGGUCAGCCAGCGGGAGGAGAAGGAGUUCCUUAUGUGCAAAUUCCAGGAAGCCCGGAAGCUGGUGGAGAGACUGAGCUUGGAGAAGCUUGAUCUUCGGAGUCAGAGGGAACAGGCCUUAAAGGAGUUGGAGCAACUGAAGAAAUGCCAACAGCAGAUGGCUGAGGACAAGGCCUCUGUGAAAGCUCAGGUGACAUCAUUGCUCGGAGAACUCCAGGAGAGCCAGAGCCGUUUGGAGGCUGCCACCAAGGAUCGGCAAGCUUUAGAGGGAAGGAUUCGAGCAGUUAGUGAGCAGGUCAGACAGCUGGAGAGUGAGCGGGAGGUGCUACAGCAGCAGCACAGCGUCCAGGUGGACCAGCUGCGUAUGCAGAACCAGAGCGUGGAGGCUGCCUUGCGAAUGGAGCGGCAGGCUGCUUCAGAGGAGAAGCGGAAGCUGGCUCAGUUGCAGGCAGCCUAUCACCAGCUCUUCCAAGACUACGACAGCCACAUUAAGAGCAGCAAGGGCAUGCAGCUGGAAGAUCUGAGGCAACAGCUCCAGCAAGCUGAGGAGGCCCUGGUAGCCAAACAGGAAUUGAUUGAUAAGCUGAAAGAGGAGGCUGAGCAGCACAAGAUUGUGAUGGAGACUGUGCCAGUCUUGAAGGCCCAGGCGGAUAUCUACAAGGCUGACUUCCAAGCUGAGAGGCAUGCCCGGGAGAAGCUGGUGGAGAAGAAGGAGUAUUUGCAGGAGCAGCUGGAGCAGCUGCAGCGCGAGUUCAACAAGCUGAAAGUUGGCUGCCAUGAGUCAGCCAGGAUUGAGGAUAUGAGGAAGCGGCAUGUAGAGACUCCCCAGCCUCCUUUACUCCCUGCUCCAGCUCACCACUCCUUUCAUUUGGCCUUGUCCAACCAGCGGAGGAGCCCUCCUGAAGAACCUCCUGACUUCUGUUGUCCGAAGUGCCAGUAUCAGGCUCCUGAUAUGGACACUCUACAGAUACAUGUCAUGGAGUGCAUAGAGUAGGAGCAGCAGAUGCAAGGCCACUUGCAGUACUAUGUCCUGAUCUGUGUGACUUGUGCUUUCCUGUUUUACCUGCAUAGUCCACACUUAAGGGCUUGCUUUAGCCCUUUGGUCCCCCAUUUAGGGUAGACAGCCCCAUUCAGGGCUUUUUUUUUUCUGUGUGCCUGAUCCAGUUUGCCUCUGGUGGCUUCUUCCCUCUUCUCCCAUAGUCCUAGGGAGUCUAGAAUGGAGGCCAGGGGCUCUUAGGGAGCAUCCCUUCUCCAAGCAGGUCUGGGUACAGCUUUUCUUCUCUCCAACUGGUACCUUUCUUGCCGGUGAACUGCAGGCUCUCCUCCCAGGGCAUGUGGCACUUGGGUCUAUAACAUGUGUUACCUCUGGUAGACAUGUGGAAAGUAUUCUGUCCUUUUGUUACUGUAAUUAAUGGUGUAGUGAAAGUACUUGUACACUGAUCUGUGUGUACCUUUAGGACAGAUGCUUAGAUGUGACAUUGGAUCCUUGCCCUGGAGGAGGUGGGCAGACCUUUGGAUUUUUGCCAUCUCUAAGAUAUACCAUUCUUUACUAAAGAAUUUGCUUAAGUGUCUUUUUCUGGGGCAUGUGGGCCCUUUUUAAUUCCUCUGAUGUAACUUGGAUUUUCAUAAUUCCUACCCAUUUUUCUGUUGGGACAUUGCCAUUUGUUCUUGGGCUUUGUAGAGCUUUUUGAUUAUCAGUCAGGUUGGUUUUGACUAUUACAGAAGUGCACCCCUUGUUCCACAUUGAUUGUUAGUGUUUUGGGGCCUAGAAGCUGUUUUAUACUCCUACUUACCCAUUCUUUACUCCUAGUUUUUUGACUUUGGAAUUAUGACUGCUUUGUCAACAGAAAGGUAUUUCACAUGUAUGCUUUCCUUUUUCUAGCCCCAGUGUGCUCUUGUUUUUGCCAAGCACAUUGUUACCUUCUGUGAAUGGUGGUGGCCAUAGUUCAUCACACUCCUGGAGUUUGUGAUCACAUGUUCUUCACCAGCCAAAAUGUCCUAGGGAACCAUUUAGCAGUGACUGACUGAUCACAGAAAAGGGAACACUUCACUUGUUUUGCAAGGUUCUAGACAUUUUGUGGGACCUUACCGUCAUUGGUAUUAGACCUGCAGUUCUAGUAAAGGAAAGGAAGUUGUAGUUGAGAAAGCAAUAAAUAUGCCUUGCUCAUUCCUUAGGUCUAAAUCCUUCCUGCCCUCCUGUAAGCUUUCAUGGUUCUGAGUGGUAUCUGUGAAUCCAUCCCGGGGGCUUUUAUUUACAUGGUUUCUUUCCCAUUAAGAGUGAGAAGGCUAAGUAGAAUUCAGAUUAUAAAAAAGGAUUUAAAAAGUAAUCCUGAGCUGGGGGCUUUCUCGGAAUUUUCAGGGGAUGCAGAGUAAGUUUUCCAUUUCCUAAUUCCCAGGUAUCUAUCAGAAAGAUCUUUAGGAAAAUGUUAAAGGAACAAACAAGUUCUUUGCUUAUGUGUUUUCAUUUAAAUACCUAAUCUAUAAUUUUCCUUUAGGAAUACUAUUGGUUUAGGUUGAGUCCAGUUUUGUGGUGGUAUAUAUCACUUUUCUAUAGCUGCUUUAAAAUUUUUCCUAAACUUGGAAGAGCAAGAACAACAACAACAACAACAACAACAACAAAUCACUCUUUCCUGUCUGGAAGCCACAUAUUAAGUUUUUUCUGGAGGCUGUGAGAAUCAAUUCCAGGCAUUCUCUUAACUUUCAGUGGUUUGUGGUAGUCCUUGGUGUUGCUUGGCUCAUAGACCCAUCACUCCAGUUUCUGGUUCUAGGGCCUUGUGGUUUCUUCCUCUCUUCUGUCUCAUAAGGAAACCAUGUUGUGCAUGUGGGGUCUAUUUGAUUAGAUUAAGGAGGAUCUCCAGUUCAAGACCCUUAACUCAUUCCACCUACCAAGAUCCUUUCCCCAAAUAAAGUCUUGUUCUCACAUUAUGGGGGUUUGGGCUUAUAUAACCCGGAGUAUGGAUAUCAUCAGAACCUGAGUAAAUGCAGCCCAAAGGCAGGGCCUUUAAAGCCUUGUAAUUCUGCUAGAGAGACCUGGUCUCUAGGGUGAUGACCAGUAGUCUUCAGAGUUUGAAGGCAGACCCUUGUCAGUGCUUGAUGCUGUUAGUAGGGUCAGUGGGAAUGAUUGGGAAAGGCAGGUUGGCUAUAGUAGGAGAGAGCUGUUGGGCUGCCUGCAGUGGCUGCAUGAGCUUCACGCUUCUUGGAUAAACAGAGAUGCAUAGGUGCAUUUCUGACCAGUACUUUAUCCUGAAAGGGUCCCAGAAAGCAGGUGUGACCCAGGUUACACAGUAGGAAGCUUGAAAACAUGGGCUUCAUGCACUGGUCAAGACAAAUCUGAGGGUGGCACAAGGUAAUGGUUGGGACCUAGUACCCUUCUAGAAGGUGGGAGCCCUUGCCACCGACUUACCCUGCAGUAUGGUGUAUGAUUAACCGUACAUCAAAGAUUUGAGAUUCUACCAUCUUUUUGACAUGAGACAUGCUCUUUUCUUUUGCAGAAUUACUUAAGCUAGAACUGGAAAAAGUGGUCGUUCCAUUCCCCUCAGGAAUUAGUCUACUUGCUUUUGCACAAAUUUUAUGUGGCCUCUGGCAGACAACUUUUAGAUCCAUACAGCUAGAAGCAUGCCCUUUCCAGAAGACCUGUUCUGGAAUAGAUAGUGCUUCUUAUGUAUGCUCUCUUCCUGUUGGCCCAUGCCCAAGAGAAAACCAGAGAGCCAGUAAGACAGUACAGAGUGCUUCACCUACUGAAGUAAUAAACGAUAAGGCAGAUUGUAGGUAGGAAUGAUAUCUAAAAAGGAACAAUUGCAGCCCUGUGUGUGACACCCUCAGGCAAGGUAAGGCCUACCUUUUAGUGUUUCCCCUUUCAAGGUGGGAGUUUGGAGAGAUGAACAAGCACUUUGGAAGCAUCCCCAGCCCUCUUUACCUGACAACAGUUUGGUCCUCACAGUGACUGCUUCAUUGGAGUGCCUCUCCAGUGUUAUGGCACCAUCAUCUGUUACCACCCAAGGCUGUGAUGAAAUAAGAUACAACAUAUCCGAUGACACAGGCCUGCAUGGCUAGCAUCUUGAACAUUUUAUUACAUGAACAUUCUCUGUACGAUGGUAUAAAAAGGCCCGAGGAUUAAAUUAUGUAUAAAAUAUGAAAUAAAGAAGUAAGACUUUCAAGCAUGCACUCUGUCCUCCCUUGUUGGAUGUAGGGGUAGGAUUGCCAGUAACAAAGGUUUUCUUUGCUAUUUCUAUCUCUUUAAUUCCCCUGUAUUACAUAGGAAGUAGCUGUUACACACAGCUCUGAGGUUUCUUCUGCCUAUGGCUGAGGAAAGCUCAUUAUUGACACAACAGAGUGGUGAAAGGGGCCAAGUCAACUAAUUUGGGGCUUGAAUUUCCUGUGGUUGCAGCAACAAAGUACCACACGUUAGGGAGCUUAGGCAACAGAUUUCCUCUCCCUGUUAAGGAUGGCAGGCAUCUGAGAAGUGGGUUCCUCAUAAGGGAUAACCCAUUCCAGUGCCCCUCUCCAGUGUGUGGCAGGUCCCAGAAAUUCUUAGUUUUCUCUAGUUGUACCUGCAUCUCUGCCUCUGCCACUUUUGUCACAUGGCCAUCUUGUGUUUCCUUUUUAUAAGCACACCAGUGUUGUAUACAGGUGGGUAUUUGGAAACAUGGAAGCAUUUUGUUCAGUAUCUAGUGACAGUGAUGGAAAGAGAUGAUUUGCAGAGAAGGUCAGAGCAGCAUGAGGGUCUUAGGUAUGGAGCUGCAGCCAACAUUAUGGACAUGGAAGAGAGGGAUUGCUGGACUUUUGGUUUCCUGCCUGGGUACCUGGACAAUCUAUCUACCAUUGGGAGGACUAGGUAACAGUGGAAGUUAGUUAUGAGAGAAGUUGUUUGAUGUUCAAUUCUGAUCUAGCCAGGCUCAGUGUGAGAUGUCCUGGGUCCCUUCAUCUUGCCUUGACUGUUAGGUGCAGUUUCAUAUUGAAACUGCAGGCUCUUUUUUAUCCAUUGCUACUGGCAACCAGUGUGAUCUGGUAAAUCUGUUUCCACUUUGCUUAGUGCUCUCCACUGAUUUUCUGUUACUUGAGACCUAAACUCCAUCUUCAGCCUUGUGUUGAUCUAAUGUCAUGUCAACUUCUCUAAAAGCUCAGCCAAUUCUACACUGGCCUUCUAUUCCUUUCCUCAAACCACUUAGCACUUUUUUUUUUUAAAUUUUUUUAGAUUUAUUUAUUUAUUUAUUAUAUGUAAGUACACUGUAGUUGUCUUCAGACACUCCAGAAAAGGAGUCAGAUCUUGUUACGGAUGGUUGUGAGCCACCAUGUGGUUGCUGGGAUUUGAACUCCAGACCUUUGGAAGAGCAGUAGGGUGCUCUUACCCACUGAGCCAUCUCACCAGCCCAGCACUUCUGUUUCUUAAGGCUGUUGCUCCUGUUGUCUCCUUUGCUGAGAAAGUUCUGUUCCCUAAUUUGUACUGUUGACUACUUUUUGUCAUCCAUAUAAGUGUAAACAAAAGUUCUUUCAUCUGAUCUCUUCAUCCUAAAUCAUACUACCCUGUUUUAACUCACAUUACUACCACUGACCUUUUCUAGUGUUUUUUUCUUUUCUACCACUAGAGGGAGACAGAAGCCGUAUCAAUUUAGUCGUAUACUCAACACAGGGAAACUGCAUUUACUGAUGGCUGAGCUUGUCUGAGACGAUAUCAGGAUUCCCCUGCCAAUAUCUUCAUGGACGUCACUUGUCACCAUAAUUGGUGACUUAUAGAAGUUAUUAAUGUACUAGAAAUUAUAGUACAGAAAUCUUAUUUUAGGACUAUAGUACCAAUAGCCUUUUUUUGUGGUGCUGGGGAUAGAACCCAGGGUCUUUCACAUGUAAGCAUUCAUACCAUCACUGAGCUACAAUCCCUGGUUAUCAGCUUCUCACUUUAUUUACCUUCCCCUGACUUUGACAGCCCUGUCUAGUUUGGAACUUAUUAUGUAAUCCACGAUGGCCUUGAAUUUACAGCCAUCCUCAGCCUCUCCAGUGCUAGGAUUAUAAAUAUAUCUGACUAGCUUAUUUUUUUCAUUUUGUUCAGGUUUUUAAUGAGUGUCUUGGUUUCAGAUAUGAAAAACAGAAUUUGGAAGAAAGCCAGUUGGGCCAGUCUGUGGUAGAGCAUGCACUCAAAGUUGAAGCAAGAUGUUAAUGAGUUCUAGGCUGGCUUAGGCUUCAUAGCAAGAUCCUAUCUCAUAAAACAAAAAGUUAACUGGUGAUUCCCUGGAGGUGAGAGGGGUGAGGAGAGAGUGAUAGUUAAUGAAUACAAAGUUCUUUGAGGGAAAAUGAGAAUAUUCUGAAAUUGGCUAUGGCGAUACUCAUACAUUUGUGAAUGUGCAAGGAACACUUCAGAUGAAUGACUUUUGUUGUAUAUGGAUUAGGUUGCAAUAAAACUGGCAUUUAAAAUGUUA